CGUUGUGUUUGACAUGUUUAACUCGAAGGUUGACAUCGAAGAAGUCCAUCUUUGACUCAACUGACACGAUUGAACGCUCAUCAAAAGUUGUCGAUUGACUUUAAGUCAAAAUGUUCUUAAACCCGACAACUUGUUCAAUUCUCAUCCUGCUUUUUGCAGGGGUUUGUGCAGCAACACCCGCUUACAAAGUUGGGGUUGGUAUAUCAGAUGUAACUGGCCCCGCGUUGGAUGUCAACAUGAUGGGUUAUGCAAGUUUUAGCCAGAAUUCCGAGGGAAUUCAUCUGAGACUUUUCAGCCGGGCAUUCAUCACUUGUGAUCUGAAUGAGACGGAAUGCAAUGUGUUUGUCAGCGCCGACAUUGGAAUGACAUCCACACUCUUGAAAUUAAAAGUGAUUGAAGAACUGCAAAAGGAAUACAGCGGUCGCUACACUGAGGAGAAUGUUGCUAUCAGUGGCACACACACCCACUCUGGCCCAGGUGGCUACUUUCAGUACAGCUUAUAUACCAUUACUGCUUUUGGCAUGAAACGCUCCAGCAUCGAUGCCAUCCUUGAAGGCAUUGUCCAGAGCAUCAAAAAUGCCCAUGACAACCUACAAGAGGGAAACAUCUUGUAUAACAAGGGUGAAUUAUUGGGUGCCAACAUCAACAGGAGCCCAACAGCCUACUUGCAAAAUCCCCAGGAAGAGAGAGAUAAGUACAAAUAUGAUGUGGACAAAGACAUGACGGUGCUGAAGUUUGAAGAUAAAGACGGCAGUGGAUUAGGAGCCAUUUGCUGGUUUCCUGUUCAUCCAGUGAGCAUGGAAAACACCAACAAGCUUAUCAGCAGUGACAACAAAGGUUAUGCUUCCUACCUCUUUGAGAAGGACAUGAACCCAGGUUCAAAGAUGGGCCAGGGCUCCUUUGUAGCUGCCUUCCCAAAUAGCAAUCACGGUGAUACAACCCCUCAUGUCAAUGGAACAAUCUGCAUAGAUACGGGAAAACCUUGCGAUGUAGAGACAAGCACGUGUGGAGGAGAGGUGGCUAACUGUCUUGGGAGAGGACCAGGCAAUGACAUGUAUGAGAACACUAGAAUGAUUGGCCAGAGGCUUUAUGAAAAAGCAAAGGAAUUGUAUGAUGCUCCAGGCACACCACUCAACGGACCAGUAUCCUCCAUUCACCAGUAUGUGAAUAUGUCUAAUUUCAGGGUUACAAAGGGCAAUGAAACGUUUACAACCUGCACACCUGCUCUUGGGUACAGCUUUGCUGCUGGCACCACAGAUGGUCCUGGUAUUUCUAGCUUCUCACAAGGGAUGACGGAAGGUUCACCCUUUUGGGAUGGUCUUGUUCGUUCACUCUUCAAUGAUUACGAAGAAACCCAAGACUGCCAACAACCAAAACCUGUGCUUCUUCCUGUCGGGGACUAUCUCAACACAACUAAUAUGCCUGAAGCAAUUAAGCUAAUUGUUAAUCUAGUGGCUAGUGAUCCAAUGGCGCCAGACAUUGUAGAAACGCAGCUUUUGCGCAUCGGCCAAUUUGUCAUCAUUCCAGCCCCAGCAGAGAUCACAACAAUGUCAGGAAGACGAAUGAUGGAUAAAGUUAAAGAGAAACUGAUGGACAGCGGAAUGAGUAGUAAUGUGGUGACCAUGAUCACGAGUCUGUCAAACACCUAUACAAACUAUGUGACCACCUUUGAAGAAUACCGGGCUCAGCGAUAUGAAGGGGCGUCAACCAUGUAUGGUCCACAUACAUUAGAUGCCUACCUCCAACAGUACUCAAUGCUAGCAGAGAAACUGGCUCAAGGUACUGGUGUGGAAAACCCUGGCCCAGACCCACCAUCAAAAGGCCUUCCUGUGAAUCUCGAUCUUGACAGUGAUGCGUUUCCUUCCGGCAAAAGUGUCGGAGAUGUAAACCAGAAAGUUGAUGCUAAAUAUCGGCAGGGCUCUUUGGCAGAGGCAAUCUUCUGGUCUGCUGAUCCCAAACGGGGUUCGACCAAGUCGCUGGGUACUUCCUUUUUUUCUGUGGAGAAACUAAAUGGCACCAACUGGAAUGAGAUUGCUAACGAUGCUGCCUGGGACACAAAAAUCUUUUGGCGAAAGGAAGAAAAAGAGAGCCGUGCGACGGUGCAGUGGAUGAUCCCGGAAGAUGCUGAACUUGGAAAGUAUCGUUUUGUGCACAGUGGCUUUUGGAAAAGGGGUGCAUUUUCUCCUGUGCAAUCAUUCCAAGGUCCUUCUGGUGAAUUUGAAGUUGUAAGCAAGGAUUACCUGAGGCCUACAUCCAACAAUUAAAUGACUGGAUGAUACAAUUAUGUCAGUUUAUAACUGGGGAUUUUCUUCUUGACAUUAUAGGAAGCAAAACGUUUUUACUUAAUUUUUAGUAUGAUUUUUCAAGUUUUAUCAUUUGACUUUUACUACUUUGUGCUUUCUAUAAAACUGUAAGUGCAGGAUUCAUGUUACCAUAGGCAUUUUAGAGAGAUCUCAUACCGUUUUAGCAAUUGAAAGCUGUGAAGAGUCAUGAAAUGUUAUUGCCAUUGUCGCAACCCAUCUGCUGAAUGUUUCAGUCCUCCUGAGGUUAUAGUUCGCCAGUUGCAUGCACAUGCACAUUUAAACAAUAGGUCAAAUCUAAUAGGUUAAAGUUAAUCCACUGUGGGACAAAAACUUCCUCAAGCCCCAGUGUUCUCUUUUUGUUGCUUCUUUUGCCCCUGAUGCUGUCUUCAUAGAUGUUGUUUUAUCAUCUCUCAUAUUCUCUGCCAUUCUUAGAGUUACUUGGUCCAUUUGUGGUCACUGAUUCUUACCACACGUCCUUCUCAUCUCCAUUAAUUUCCUAUGACCUUUUCCAUAAGAAUUUACCCUCUUGUGAUUCACAAUGUCCCGUAGAGUAAGUGCAUCAUUCUUUACAUUACCCUCUGUGCUCCUGCUAACUUUUGUUUUAACUCUCUGAAUUCGUCUGUGCUCCAUAUGUCUUUGUGAUCAGGAUGUACUGAUCACAGGCAUCUACAUGUCUGAAAAAGUGUUACUGGUAAACGCCUCCCAUUCUGCUUCAAUUCUGGCCAUAACUUCACUUAAAUCAAAAGCCCCAAAUGUUAUCAUUAUGCCUUUACUCAUAGUGUGACACUUGGAAGGAGGGAGGAAAUAAGAAUUUGAUAAUAUCAGUUCUUUGUCUGCUGUGAGCAUAGACAUGUGUUUGUGCCAAAGCUGCAAUCAGUGCAUGAAUUAUCAAAACCUGAUUGACUGAAUUUCGUUGAAACAGCUCAUGCAUGUUCAUUUUAUUGUAGUUGAAGAUUGACGUUUUUGUCUCCGCCUUGGGAAUAUAGUUGCUUAAAGUUUGGAAUAAUUUGUCUGACAAGAAAUAUGAUCUGUAGUCUGCCAAACAAAAAUAGAUUAUAUAUCCUGCUAGUUUUGUGUCAAGUUUGGCUGUGGAGUUCAGGUUUAUGAUUUCAAGGGUCAGUGCACUAUAUGCCAAUAUUUAGCAUCACCCGACCCUGUAAGGACCUUCAUUUAGAUUAUGUACAAUACAUAACCCUAAUAAAUAUGGUUCUUUGAAGUCAUUGAGAGUUUUCCACUUACUGUUGCUGUCUGCCCAUUUUUUACUGCAUCCUCUUUCACCAAGAUGGCACAUUUUGUGCACAGUCUGUCAAAAUUGUUUUUUAAAAUUAUAUAUACAUGUAUAUUACAAACGUACAUGUACAUUGUAUGUGUAAUUCUGCAUGUGUGUGAAUAUAAGGGCAUCGGUUACUACGCCGCAUGUGCAUACUUCUCUCUCUGGGUUGUAGCAGAAGGUUCAUUCUCUAGUAAUUCAUGAUUUUUUUUUACUGAACUAAAAUCUCCAAAAUCAAGAGUUGCAAAUCAGGUGAAGUUGGAAAUGGAACUGAAUCAGUGCUUUGGGGAGCCCCAAAUGGCUUCAGUAGUCAUCUGUCGGUUGGUCAUGUGUUGUCCUUCAUACACACUUCGUUUGAGCUCCGGAGUAAGUUAAAUUUUUGUUGCAGUCAACUUUUAUAUAAUUAUAGAUUCUAUUCCAUUAAAUUCUGUAUUGAUGAUAGAUCCUGCCAAACCAUUA